UCAGUAUGUCACUACAAACGCAAACUUGAUUUCUCUAUCUUUCUUGAUUAAGAUAAAGAACGCCGAUUCGAAUUUUAUGAGUUAAAUACUGUCCAUACAUUCCCCUGAACUCAUAAAAAUCCACAAAUGUUCUGAUUUUCUCUCCAAUUUCUGCGUAAAAGAAGAAAAUAAAUCGAAAAUGUCAGGCCCACAAUGUUGCGAAAAUCCCCCAACUUUGAACCCAGGCAGUGGAGCUGGGCUUGUUGAAGAAAUCGGUGGUUCCAAAUCAUAUUUUUCUGGUUCUUCUGAUUCAAAACUUGCUGUUCUAUUCAUCUCUGAUGUUUAUGGAUAUGAAGCUCCAAAUUUGAGGAAGCUCGCAGACAAAGUUGCUGCAGCUGGUUUUUACUCUGUUGUCCCUGAUUUUCUUCAUGGAGAGCCCUACAAUCCUCAGAACACUGAGAGACCAAUACAAGCUUGGAUAAAGGACCAUGGACCUGACAAAGGAUGUGAAGAGGCUAAGCUGGUAAUUGAAACUCUGAAGCAGAAAGGUAUAUCAAAGAUAGGAGCAGUUGGCUUUUGUUGGGGUGCCAAAGUGGUUGUGCAACUAGCACAGAGUGAUGAGUAUAUACAGGCAGGAGCGCUCCUACAUCCUUCAUUUGUUACUGUGGAUGAUAUCAAGGGUGUGAAUGUACCUAUCGCUGUUCUGGGGGCUGAGAUUGAUCAUUUGUCUCCACCUGAGCUCGUGAAGCAGUUUGAGGAGGCGUUGAAUGCCAAGCCGGAGGUGGAUGGAUUCGUGAAGAUAUUCCCUGGAGUUUCCCAUGGAUGGACAGUCAGAUACGACCCUGAAGAUGCUGCAGCUGUCAAGGCUGCAGAGGAAGCUCACCAGGAUAUGUUGGGGUGGUUUCAGAAAUACAUAAACUGAGAUCUUAGAGAGUGUUACUUAGCUUUUCUGAGUAGUACGUAAGAAAAUUAUAGAGCUGUGUGAACUAUUAUUAUAAGCAAUAACUUGGGUCAUUUGUCAAAUACAUAAAUGCUUAUGUAACAUUGUAGAAUAUCUGAAAAAUAAAUUUCCAAAAUGCAGAAAUGGUUACCAUGUUUCCAAA